UUCAGCGUUCGGGAUUAUUUAUACAUAAAUUUGUGGGAAAUACUGCAACCGAAUCGGUUAACUUAACAAAUUCUACAGUGCACUUCGAAUAGAGACAACAUGCGUUUCCUGCUGCUGCUGCUAGUGCCACUGGUGGCACCACUCCUGGUGGAUGGACAGGAGGAUUACUGCUUUGGCAAGGAUUCCGAUCGACCGCAGACGGCGCAAUUUGCCUCGAAAACUGCCUACCAGAUCGUUAAGAGUAGCAACAUCGACAAACAGUACCUUGUCCCCGGCUGCGAGGCCAAGAAGAUGUGGGUCUUCCACAGGCACGGCACCAGGCUGCCCAAAUCGGGUACCAUCAAGAAGGCCUCAAGGCUGAUAGAGCUGCGCGAUCAAAUUGUCAAGAACUAUCGGGAGGCAAAGACCAAGCCCGAUACCAAUGCCCUGUGCACAGAGGAUCUGAUUGCCAUUCAGUUGUGGAAGGGCAAUAGCAGCAUUACCCCCGACAUGGAUGAGUUUUUGACCAGCCAGGGCUACGAUGAUCUCCGAGGCACUGCCAAGCUCUAUCAGCGCUACUAUCCCACUGUUCUGCCCAAGGACUACAAUGAUACGUAUUACCAGUUCCGUCACACGGACACCCAGCGGACCACAGAGAGCUUCAAAGCCUUUGCCGAGGGUCUCUUUGGCACCGGGAAUGCCGCUCAUCCCGUGGACAUACCCAAAGACGAUCUCCUGCUGCGUCCCUACGACUACUGUCAGUCGUACAAGGAGCUCAACUACAAGGGCGAAGGUUCCGAAUACCACAAGUACACACAGUCCGCCUUGUGGAACAGCACCCUGGCAGAUAUAUCCACGCGAUUGGGCUAUCUGUACACUCUCGAUCAGGCGGAUAUCUUGCUGAUGUAUGACACGUGCCGCUAUGAGCAGGCAUGGCAGGUGGAUCGCACCAGUGUCUGGUGCGGCGCCUUCCUGCCCGAACAGGUGACUGUCUUUGAGUAUGCCGAGGAUCUCAAGUACUACUACGGAUCGGGCUAUGGCUUCGAGGAGGAUACGGCACGUCUUAACUGCCGUCUCGUGCAGGACAUGCUCACCCACCUAAGCAAUCCCGUGUCGCCGCAUGUGAUCGCCCAUUUCGGCCACACCACUGGCCUGCAGACCCUGAUCACGGCGCUGGGCGUUCGCAAGGAUGACAUCAAGUUGCGCGCCGACAAUUACAACAGCCUGACGAACCGCCGCUGGAAGACGAGCAUUCUAGGUCCGUUCGCUGCCAACUUUGUGGCAGUGAAGUACGACUGUCCCGCCGCCCUGGACAAGGAGAAGGCCGUCUUCUUCCUCAACCAAGAUGCCGUGCAGCUGGAUUGGUGCAGCGUUGGUCUCUGCAACUGGUCGGAGGUGUUGCAGCGCUACAAGACCCUUGCUGAUGCCAACUGCGAUGAGUACUUCUGCCGCUCUGGCGCCUCCUCUCUGGCUGGCGGCGCUCUGUCUUCCCUCCUGGCUUCCUUCCUCCUUGCUGCUGUAGUCUACUUAAUGCACUAAUCUGGAUCUGAAUCGGAAACGGAUUGGUUUAGUUUUUAAUGUUUGUAAAAUGUACAAAGUUCGUACCAAAUGAAUAGGAAGAGGAAGUGGAGGAUGGAGCAGCAUCAUCGAGGGAAGUCUUUCAAGUAUUUUUCGAUUUAAAUUUUCUACUUUUAAUCCAGCCUCAGCACCACCUUCCGCCCACAUUGCAGCCCCCACACACAAAAACACCUACACCUACACACACACACACACACACACAGGCACAGACACUACAAUAUGUAACUUUUUUUUCUAAACGCUUAACGUACGUUGAAAGUGCUACAGUCAACAAAAUAGCUUUAUAUUAAUUAAAUAAAAUGGAUAAUUAUUAAAAACGAG